AUGUCGCUUUCUGGAAAUAUGACCAACAGCAAGUGCACUUCUGCUUGCAAUGGUGCGUCAGGCUCGUCAGCACAAGACAAGAAGUUCAAAAUAGUCAAUUUGAGCGGCCCGAUCAACAUCCUGCUGCCAAUGGAUGAAGUUGAAGGGGUUGACUCGCAGCUCACUGACCGUGUCAGCCCAUCUCCUUUCUGUCCAUACGUUGUCGGAACCGAGAUUGAUCUCAAGACCUCUGACGAAGGACUUCCGAUCAAAGCCCAGGUUAUCAAAUGUUUCGAGGCGACCUUAUCUUGUGUCAUGGUCAUCCGCUUCAUCGAGCCUCCAGUCUUCAACAACACAUCUGAAUGCAUUUUGAAACUCCUGGACCGCCGCUUCUCAACCCAGGCGCGUGGAGAUUUGGACCUCGCCCCCUGGACCCCUACGCUUGAGCAGAAGUACCAAGCCUUUAUUCGCGAAGGUAAAGCAGAAGAAUUGUUUGGUUACUGGGACGCCGCAAAACAGAUCAACCGCGAAUGGUCGGCAUAUUACGUUGCCAACCACCGCAAAUGGAGUCCGGCAAAGUGGGAGACAUAUAUCCAAUGGCAGGCUCACGACAUUUAUGAGGAUGAGAAGAAAGCUUACCAGCUCAUGGCUGAUCUCCAAGGCAUAUCGAUUCCCAACAUGCUGGGCGAAGUGUACUUGGAUCUCCCUGCAGAAGCUGCGGUCGAUGAUGACAACGAAGAUCCCGACCAAGAAUCAAGAAGUACAGAAUCUGGGAACACGGCAGAUGAGCCAAGCGUCCACUCAAUCCCGGGUCUCCUCCUCCAGUACGUCCGCGGCUUUCACCUGAACGAACUUCACGAACACUUGCCGCGCGAGCACUGGCAAACCGUAGUCGACUCUUCCCUCACGACUCUGCGACAGAUCCAAGAUUGUGGUAUACUCAACCGUAAUGUCAACCUUCGUAGCUUUAUCAUCGAUCCAGCCACACAACAUGUCAUGAUGAUAGAUUUCGGCAUCACCAAAUUCCGCGACGACGUGGGCAGCGACAACGAGUGGGAGAGGAUGCAAGCAUGGGAGGAUGAAGACUUUCAAUUAGCUAUGUCUAUGCAGGGCAUGCUAUGGAAUCUGACUGGCAGCACCAUAACGUACAAGCCUACUGAAUGGCGCUGGCGACUGAAAUAUCGCUACCACAUGGGAGGUGAAGAGGAGGGCGGUACCGAGGAAGAGGAAGAAUAUGUGAAGAAGCAGAAGGACUUUGUCUUCGAGAGAUGA